UGGGACGUGGACGAGCACUGGGACAGGACGGGCAGGUUUCUCUGUAAACACGCCUCUUCAGCAUCAACAGUGCAACACAGCACAUGAAGGAUGGAAAGUGUAGCAGUGCACAGACUGUGUUUGAGACAGCGCUGGACUUCUCUCUGAUCUGUGGACAUACUUCCAUCAAGAGGUUUCAUCUUCACUUCAUCCUGGCUAUUUGUGGGGGUCAGGGGAUGGCCGAGUCAGUGGAACUGCAUCUCCUUGGCCCCCUGGAGCUCCUCUGGAUGAUAGCAGCGGGAUCUGGAGCCUCGCAGGAGGAGAGCCGGCCCCCCUGUCUGAGAGCAUGAGGCUGAUUCUGCUUAGCCUCAGGCUGCUGUGCCUGGCCUGCCUGUGGCCCACGACCCUGCUAAACAACCGCUUCCCCAACCGCAAGAAGAACAAGGACAUCUACCUGGGAGAGCAUGCCAAGCAUAAAUACGGAGGGCGAAUUGACUACAAGGUAAAGAAGCAGGACAGCACCAAGUCCCUCCUUAUCAAGACUGAACAGCUGCUGAGAAUCGAGGAGCACGACUUCGCCAUGAGGCCUGGCUUUGGAGGUUCUGCGAUUCCUGUGGGCAUAGACGUUCAGGUGGAGAGUUUAGACAGCAUUUCUGAAGUCAACAUGGACUUCACUAUGACCCUUUAUCUGCGGCACUACUGGAAGGACGAGCGGCUGGCCUUCCCCUCUGGAAACAACCUGAGUCGAACGUUUGACGCCCGACUGGUGAAGAAGAUCUGGGUGCCAGAUGUUUUCUUUGUCCACUCAAAGCGCUCAUUUAUCCACGACACCACCAUGGAGAACAUCAUGCUCAGGGUGUACCCUGACGGCAACGUUCUCUACAGUGUCAGGAUAACAGUGACUGCUCUGUGUACCAUGGACUUCAGCAGUUUUCCUCUGGACACCCAGAACUGUUCACUGGAGCUGGAGAGCUAUGCGUAUAAUGAGAAUGACCUCAUGCUGUACUGGAAGAAUGGGAAUGAUUCUCUGAGAACAGAUGAGAUCGUUCUCUCUCAGUUCUUCAUUGAGGAGUUUAACCCUUCUAAUGGCCUGGCCUUCUACAGCAGCACAGGCUGGUAUAACAGGCUGUACAUCAACUUCAUCCUCAGGAGACACGUUUUCUUCUUCAUGCUGCAGACCUACUUUCCCACAAUGCUGAUGGUCGUGCUCUCCUGGGUGUCCUUCUGGAUCGACAGGCGGGCCGUGCCUGCACGUGUCUCACUAGGCAUCACCACAGUCCUGACCAUGUCCACCAUCAUAACCGGAGUGUCAACGUCCAUGCCUCAGGUGUCCUACGUGAAAGCGGUGGAUGUUUACCUGUGGAUCAGCUUCCUGUUUGUCUUCCUGUCGGUCAUCGAGUACGCUGCCGUCAACUACUUCACCACCGUGGAGGAGAUGAAGAAACUGAAGCAGGCAAAGAUUUCAGAAUUUGAUGCCGCUCAGGCCAUGGCUUUCGACGGCUGCUUUCACGACACAGAUGUCGAGCUCAGUCCCUUUCCUCCGCUGGGUGAUCUCAGCAUGGACCACCAGGUGUCCUCACAAAGCUCCACGGUGCCUGACCCCCCUCCGGUGCUGGGCAUGAGACUGCGGCGCACGCGGCCACUGAGUUACCACCUCCAGCUGAUCAUGAGCAACAGCUACAUCAUCGACUCCUACUCCAGAUUCCUGUUUCCUCUGGCCUACGUUCUUUUCAACAUCAUCUACUGGAGCAUCUAUUCCUGAGUCUAGCCUGCCGGUGUAUGGCAGGUCAGGGACUGAUCAGGCCAGUCUUGAUGCAACAUUAUUAAAAGUGAUAUUUGUUUGUCUGAUGGUAUGAAUUAGAAGGGCUGCCUCAUAGUGGUUAGAGACCACUGUUAAAUUGAUACAAUAUAUUGCCGAAAGUAUUCGCAACAGCAAUUCGCAAGUAUUUGUAAAAUUCCAUUCUGGUUUAUCCAUGUCUUUAAUUACCUUGCUUUGUGCAUUGGUGGGCAGUACCAUGUUAG